AUGCUGCGUGUAGAGCAGAACCAGGAACGCGUGCUGAAGGACCAGGAGGACCGAGGUAUGUACUACGAGCAGAACAGCAACGUCCACACAUUCGACACAAUUUCUGUUGGACUCUACUCACAGCGCAGCACGCUUUACCACACCAUGAGCGCGGAGCGGCUGCGCAACGUGAAGGUAUUUCUCAUGUUGUUCUCAACGGUACUGACGUGUGUCUACCUAUACUACCGCUACAUGAUCAAUCCGGAUUGGGCGUAUGUGGAGCGCCCAAUGAACAUGCUGGGCAGUCGCGUGAUGGCGGUCCGAGAGCAGCGGUGGAAGCAUCUAACGGAGGCACAGCGGCUUGAUGCAUUGCGCAAGGGGGACAACGGGGCUGUUUAG